CAGAAGAAAUCCUCCGUUUGUUGUUGCACUUUGCCGAUGUUCAUUAUAAUAUUCAGACGUCUAGUUACUAAUAAUUAUUCUACCACAGGAGUUAAUAACUCAAGAAUUUCCUAAGUUAUGGAGUACCAAGCUGUAAUCAUGGCUGCUGGAAGGGGGUCACGGAUGACAGAUUUAACCCAUGAUCGCCCCAAGUGUUUACUACCAAUUUGCAAUAGACCAAUGAUCUGGUUUUCUUUAAAAAUGUUGGAAAAGGCAGGCUUUGAAGAUAUUCUAGUUAUUAUCCAUGAACAAUUCAAAACUGAAAUAGCAGACAUUCCAAAUAAGUAUGGUUUGAAAAUCAAAUUAGACAUCACAUGCCUUCAGAAAAAUGAAGAUUAUGGAACUGCUGAUUCUCUUCGGCUAAUUAAAGAUAAAAUCAAGACUGAUGUCUUAGUUGUUAGCUGUGACUUGGUAUGUGACAUACCAUUGCACAAACUGUUUGAUCUUCAUAGAACGCACCAGUCAAGUGUCACAGCUCUUUUUAGCCAGACUUCUACAGAAAUGAUAUUGGCCCCAGCACCUGGUCCAAAAACCAAAAUCAAGCAGGAAAGAGAUCUAGUAGGAUUGGAUCUUCAAACUCCUCGUCUUGUUUUUUUGGUAUCUGAAGCAGACUUGACUUCGGAAAACGAAGAAGACCUCUCAAUCCGCAAAUCGGUUAUGAAACAUUUUCCACAAAUAAGCGUUCAAGGUAAUCUCCUUGACGCGCAUUUGUACGUUAUUAAGAAAUGGGUUUGUGACUAUAUCGCCGAAAACCGAUCUUUUACAAUGCUUAAGGGUGAGGUAUUGCCUCAUAUUGUGCGAAAGCAAUUCACAAAGUCGCCAAAAAGAAAUACUGAUAAAGAUCUUCCCAAUGCAGACGUCUCAGUCGCUUCUUUCAGUACUGCCAAUCGAGAUGUUUACAGCUUUCUUGUAGACGCUGAAGAAGAAGAAAGGAUAAGAAGCUAUUCUGCCUGGAAUGAUCAUCGUGGUGAUUUGCGUGGUCCAUACCAAGAUCAUGCUAUUCGUUGUUUUGCCUACGUUGCUAAGGAAGGCUUUUGUUUGCGAGCAAACACUUUGAACAAUUAUUGUGAGCUUAAUCGACAGGUCAUUAAAAGUUGGAGUACAAUGUUCCCCGAGGAAGAAAUAACACCACCGGUAUCCAAAGCACAGGUCGGCGCUGAUUGUCUUAUUGGUGAAAACACCCAGUUGUCAGACAAAUGCUCAAUUAAGCAUUCAAUUAUUGGUCAGAAUUGCAAAAUCGGAGAUAAAGUUCGAAUUACCAACUGCAUUAUUAUGGAUAACGUCACUAUUAUGAAAGAAACGACUCUUCAGGGAAGCAUUCUGAUGGAUAACUCGAUAGUGGAGAACAGUUGCGACAUAAAAGACUCCAUAGUUGGACAUACUGUGCACAGCAACUGUAAAUCCACUAAUGAAGUUUUAGUUGAUGCCGAUCGGCUUUUAGAAAUAUGAUUUAACGACCGUAAUGUUGGUGUUAAAUUUACGUGAGCUAUGGGCGAUGGUUAUUUCUAUAUGCCAUUAUGUGGUCGCUAAAUUUAUUUUGAGACAAAUCCCUGGUUUUUUGUUGGUACCUCUUAAUAAAUAUAGUAAUUGACCAUCC